AUGGCUUCCAAAGCCAAGAAAGUGUUGAAGCGCAUGCGCAAAGCGCUGUCCAAAGCCUGGCGCAAGCUUUCGAGACAAUCAGAAACUGAAGAAAGUCCAUACAUUGGACCCGUUGCUGCUGUUGCCCCUAACGCUCAAGCUGGAACCAACUAUCGCAGAAGAGUACAACCUAAGCCCCCGACUUUCCACCAGUUUUCUCGCUUUCCUGCCGAGCUGCAGAAGAUGAUUUGGGAGAUGGCUGUCCCUGAACCCGGCAUCUUAUUCAUGCAAUCCAUGCCCUGGACCUUCCAACACUGCACCUUCCAACACCUUCUCCCCGAAACCUUCGCCGACGCUCUCCCCCGCCCAACCGCCAUGCUACGCGUUUGUAGCGAGUCCAGCAAAGCCUACAAAAAUGCCUUCCCCUUCGAGAUCCCCUUCGCUGUCUGCCGCCGCCUAGGAUGUGAUUGCGGGGCCGACCGCCCACACCUUCGCACAACCAGUUCAGGCCAUGGUAUCCUCCGCUUCGGCAUCCAUGAUCAGCUCUUCGUCCGGAACUUGGGAGUACUCAGGGGUUCUCUCUUGGACCGCUGUAGUCUCAUACAACCUACUUGGGCGACCGGCGUCAGGAACUUGAUGGUUAGUAUCGAUGAGCUGGUCGACGACAAGGUUGAUGCGCUCUUAUCUCAGCACAUGCCGAGAUUUCCGAGCCUAGACCGCGUCGAGGCCGUUGAUCAGGUUAUCCUCCGGUAUCAAGGACUGCGUCUCAACCGUGCUGGGUGCCAGGCGCUGGUUGAGAGAACGACUACGCUGAGGAUCUGUUUGUUGAAGAAGAACGCGGUACCUGCUUGGAUCAGGGACAUCUUUCCUUGGGAAUCAGUUGAUGACUUCAUUACUCGGAUCCAGAGAGAUUAUGCUGGUGUUAAGAUCGAUCCGGAGGUCGAGAGGAAGUUGCCUACGAUUACGUACCGUGAUCCAUUUCCUGGUGUUCCGGAAACCGGGCAUUAUGGUAUUACCUACGUGUAUCGAGCUGGCUUUUGA